AUGGAAAAUACCAAAACACACAUCCUUUCGGAUGGCAGGACACUAGCUUAUGGAAUUUACGGAGUUGGUGGUGACACUCCCGCCCAGAAUAUCCCCACCGUCCUCCAUUUCCACGGCAUCCCCGGCUCACAUCAUGAGGCCGCCGCGUUCCACGCCUCUGCCGUACUGCACGACAUACGCAUCGUCGCUAUCUCGCGCCCAGGUAGCAGUCUAUCUACUCCGCAGCCCAACCGCACAUUGCUCAACUUUCCAGCUGACGUUGUCGCGCUCGCCGACCAUCUGAAUAUCCAACGCUUCGCCGUGCUGGGCUUUUCUGGAGGCGGGCCUUUUGCUCUUGCAUGCUGGCACUGUAUCCCUCGAACACGUCUCGUAGGCGCCUCGCUGGUCGCAUCGGUUCUACCCGCGAGCCUCGGCUCCGAGGGCAUGAACACAAUUUCAUGGGCGAUCUUUAAAGUCGCAAGAUGGGCUCCUGGCUUACUGGCUUAUGUAUUCGACUGGAAGCUUGGGACCCUCGCGCGUGACGAGAAACAUCCAGAGAGGCUGGAACAGCAGUGGGAAGCUGACCUGGCGUCACAUCAUGGGCCAGACUAUGACACAUGGAAGGGCGAUAUGGAGCUGAGGUACGCAUUAGUAAAGAGCCUUUGUGAAGCAGUACGGAACGGGUCGGGGUCUGUAGCGUGGGAGUAUAAACUCCUGGGGAUGGGUUGGGGAUUCGAACUAGGCGAGCUAGACGUUGAGCCGGGACAAAUGGUGUUCUGGCAAGGAGAAAGGGACACUAAUGUAUCAAUGGCGACGCUGGAAAAAGUAGCCUCAAUGAUCCCGGAGGCAAAACUUUGUGUAUCAAAUGGUGACGGUCACUUGAGCUUAAUGAAGCAGGAGAAUAUCAUGGCAAACCUGAAGGAUAUAUUAUAUAUUUAA